UGUCGCCCGCAGACUUCCAGCCAGCCAUAGCCAUCUGACGGGCGAAGUCAACGGUGGAGUGAUACGGGUCUGGUCCUGCUGCAUAUUGAGCAUGGCGUCCAUUUUCAAGAAUACGUGGCAGUCUGCGCUCGAAAUCGAAAGGGAACUUCUCAAGGGCCUUGCCGAAAAAGAGCCCACGUUCGCUGGAAUUUCUCACUAUAUCUUGGAAUUCCGUACUGCCUGCCAAAAUGCCAUUCUCCAGGAUUUCGAAGCCGCUCGCUCUAUCGAUGUGGAAGGUCGCCUUUGGGAUGCGCAUCUCAAAAUCAACACUCGAUUCCGUAAACUACUCUCCCGCUUCCGCGAGGAUAAUGGGAAAAAGAAAAAGCCCGUCGAGAAAAGGAAACUCGAGAAGCAUUAUCUCGAGUUCGUCAAAUCUAGCCAGCGAUUUUAUCGUGGCUACAUCCAACAACUAGCCUCGCAGUUCGGGGGGAUUCCGGAGCUUGAAAAAGUUGCACGGAAAUUUAAUUUUGACAAUCUAUCAGCAGAGCCUACCAUCCAACCCUCCGAACCCAUUCGAAAACGUAUACUUCAAUCAUGUCAUGCGACACUGAUCCGUCUCGGCGAUCUCUCACGCUACCGCGAAACAGAACUGGUCAGCAAGGACCGCAACUGGGGCCCUGCUAUCGGCUACUAUGACUUGGCUACAGCCAUUUACCCAUCCUCUGGUGCGUCGCAUAAUCAGUUGGCUGUCAUCGCGCUUGCCGAUGGCAAUCACCUGAGAGCUACCUACCAUCUUUAUAGAGCGCUGUCGGCUCAAGAACCCCACCCGACAGCAAAAGGCAAUUUAGAAAUUGAGUUUAGAAAGAUUAUGAAUUUGUGGGUGAAACGGGAGUUGAUUCGUCCGGAGGAUGCUGGUAUUCCCGGCAGAGCGUUGGCCCCUUGGUUUGUAUAUCUCCAUGCGCAAUGCUAUAAAGGAGUCGAUUUCCCGGAGCACGAUGAGCUUGAAAGCGAGGUUUUGAACCAGCUAGCUGUCGAUUUGAAGGAACGUUCGCUUGACGGAACUUUGCAGAAAUUCUGUUUGAUCAAUAUUGCCGCAGAGGAUUUCUCCCGCACCCGUUCGAGUGAAGAGCCCGUGUCCAAUGCGAGUCUCUUCUUUCAACGGAUCAACGUCAAAACCUUCUUCACCUUACUCCAGAUCCUUUUGGCCGAAGUAGAGCGGUUUGCUGUUGAAGAUUCGAACAAUAAAGACACCAAAGUCGGCGCUGACAAAGUCACUGUUGUUGCACGUCGUAUUUUGCCUGCUCUUCGAAACUACAGUUCGUGGCUACUGACCGUCAACAACCUUCUAAUGGCAUAUAAAGAGGAGAAAGAUACUCCCCUUGCAGUCCAGGUCACCGAGUUUUGGAAGGUAUACGCCAACGCCCUUACGCUUCUCGCCUCCACUUUCGAUGUGGUACACCUCCCAGAGGUAGACUAUCUCUUGGAGGAAGAUGAAGAAACUCUUUGUUUUUCACCCUUUAGCAAAGGAGCUACGUCUCGUCGGUACUUGGAUACCAACGGCCAGCAGAAACCUCGGAUGAACGAUCCCGGAGUUGAGAGGAACCAUCCCAACAUCGAAAUGCUGUACCGGAUUCGCGAGUUUGUAAUUGAUGGCUUAGAUCUGGUCGUGGGCAAUAAAAUUCCCAUAGCACUUGUCGAUGAUGAAGACAAGAAAACCUUCAUCUAUAAGGAAGACGGUCUUCCAUCUCAAUUCUUUGCCAGUCCCCCGGGUCAUCGUCAUACACUUUCCUCCGCAAGUAUCGAACGGGAGGAUAUUCAACAGGUGAAGCAAAAUGCCAACUGCCCUACGGAUACCAGGAGUGUUUUUGGUGGCUCCCAGUCUGCAUCGGCAUCUAUCUCGGCUAGCAUGCAUCGUAUAGUCGAAGGUGUGGAGCGCUUGGUCGAGUCGGACACCUAUGAAAAUGCACCAGCUGUCCCAGAGCCAUUGUCAUUUUCUCCAAGCACACAUCCACAACUACAGCGCCCUGCGUCCGACCAGUUCUACGGCCUGGGUACAGAAUCAAUCCUAAGGACGGACUCGUUUCCAGUCCGCCAGACUCCCAUCGCUCCUCCUGGACUUGGCCCACCGAUGGCCAACACCUCCGCUGCUUUGGCCCGCGUGUCGUCGUCUCAAUCCUACACCCCACGGCCUGCCCUUCCUGGCAUCCCUAGCAUCUGGAACACCGCUUUCUCCCCUGAUGUCGGUGACGCAUCCUCCCCGAGGACCCCCCCUGGACUUCGACCUCACCGUGUCCCUGCCCCAAUGAUCCCCGAAACCGCCACCAGCCCUAGCCACCAGCACAUAUCCCCAGACUCAGCCAUGAACGACCUCGUGCUCCGUCAAAGUCUCAUAGCUCAAGCUCAAGCUCAGCUACAGCAAGGGUCUUCCAUCCCCCCCUGGCUCUCUCCGCCCGGCGCAGCAAUGCACCACCAGCGUCUAUCCAGCUCACCGUGGGAGAGAGACAGCCUCGAUGCGACUACCGCUACUCCCCAACAACUGCAUCCAGGGGCUUCCUUUGGGCUUCCUAGCCAGCCGAUGUCCAGCGGCCUGUCCAAUGCCUCAUGGGCCAACGACGCGUUCCUCGCAAGCACACUUUCCUCUGGAGCAGGGUACCCGAGGUCCGGGCUCGGUAAUACUCGCCAACCUCCUUCGACCCAAUACGGUGCGAUUGGCCAAUCUCCUCCCUGCGGACAUGGAGGUUGAGAUCGAGAAUACCUCCAACACACUCCAGCAUCUUUCCGGGACACGUGUGCAUGGAUUACAUUCUUUCUUUUUCUUUCUUCUUGCAAGGAUUAUCACAGGUUUCAGUUUCCUCGCACUGUUAACCCCUCCCCCCCCCAACGACAAUCAUUCGCAGGUAGAAGAGGUGAAGGGAAAAAAAAUUUUCUGAGACGGUUACAUACAAGUCAACAAUAGCUUAUAUAUACAAUAUAUACGAAAAGCCAUACGGUUGGCUUGGUCUAGUCCGAUCC